AAAAAACCCUUCUAAAUUUAACUUUCACAACCCAACGUUUCGCAACAUCCCGAUCAAGCUCGCUGCAAUGGCAGAUAUUCCGGAACAAACUGACAGUCAAAUUUUGCCACAGCCUGGCAUGGAAAGUGUUUCGCAAGUGGCUGAAAUAUUGGCACUUCUGCAACAACUCCAACAGGGACAAGCUGCCCUUCACGAAGGACAAGUUUCCCUCCAGCAGGCGCAGACUGCUCUCCAGGAAGGACAGGCUGCCCUCCAACAAGGGCAAACUGACUUCCGGGGAGAACAGGCUGCCCUCCUGGAAGGGCAGGCAGACAUCCUGCAGCAGGUCGAUGAGCUCAGAGAUGAAGGUUCCCGCCAAGAUAAAAACUCCAUCGCCCGUGUCAUCAACAAUAAUGCCAGGCUAGAUGACACACUCCUAGAACCAUUCUACGGUAUCAAUGGACAAUUGGUCCCUCACUUUCCACCAACUCUUGGACAUGCCAAGAGACUCCGUAGUGACAGAGUCGAUGCCCUUCUUUUGGCGCUGGGUUUGGGGGUUGCUGGGUCGUUGGCAGUCCGUCAGACUCGCUUCAAGAGGUACAUUGGGCUACGUGAUGACGAAUAAAGUACCCGGGAGGCACAAUACCAAUUUUUACUAUCCUGGGAACAAGGCGUUUGCGCAUUUUCUGAAUUGGCUGUUGGCUUUGGUUGUGGGUCUGAUUGAGUGUGUUUGCUCCCGAGUAUAUUUAUCUGAGGUGUUAUGAGAAUAGCAAUUUUGUGAAGACUAUGGAUACUUCUAAUAAGUUGUUUUCAUGG